AAAUCCACAUUACGUUAUCAGCAUUGCAAAGAGAGCUGUGCACUUGGGGGGCUCGCCGCUGCAUUGCCUUGGUCGCCUGCAAAAUUCUCACCGAGAGGGAGCGGCCAGGCCGGAGACCGGGUCUUCGGAGCAGCUACCGGAGGCUUUUCGGAUUUCAUACGGCGUCACCCCAUCUCUCUCUCUCUCUCUGUGUGUGUUUUUCCUUUGUCUAUAAGUCAUGGGAGAUGAGAAAUCCACGAUCGUGAUGACGAAUAGAGACCGAGAGAGGGAUCGGGAGCUUCUCAUUCCCGUCGCUGAUUGUGUACACGAUAAUGUCUCCUCCAAACCUUCUUCGUCUUCCUCUUCAUCGCAUCAUUCGGGACGUGAGACCAUUUACAAAGUUUUCAGGAGCUGGGCUUCAAAAAAGUUCAUGACUGGAUGUGUAAUCCUAUUCCCAAUUGCUGUCACUUUCUACAUAACAUGGUGGUUUAUUCAUUUUGUUGAUGGAUUUUUCUCGCCAAUCUAUGCCCAACUUGGGAUUGAUAUAUUUGGUCUUGGAUUCAUGACAUCCGUAACAUUCAUUUUCUUGGUUGGGGUAUUCAUGUCAUCUUGGUUGGGAACAUCUGUCUUGGGUCUUGGGGAGUGGUUUAUCAAACGGAUGCCAUUUGUUCGCCAUAUUUAUAAUGCUUCAAAGCAGAUAAGUGCUGCCAUAUCACCAGAUCAAAACACACAGGCGUUCAAGGAAGUAGCCAUCAUAAGGCAUCCACGCAUUGGUGAAUAUGCAUUUGGGUUCAUAACUUCAACUGUCAUCCUUCAGAACUAUUCUGGGGAAGAGGAAUUAUGUUGUGUCUAUGUUCCAACAAAUCAUCUGUAUAUUGGUGAUAUAUUCCUUGUCAAUGCCAAGGAUGUUAUCAGACCCAAUCUCUCAGUCCGGGAAGGCAUUGAAAUUGUAGUGUCCGGGGGGAUGUCAAUGCCUCAGAUCCUUUCAACCUUGGAUUCAGGCAUUGCAUUGGAUAGAUGUAGAAAACUUGAGCUGAGUUGAAGAGCAUUGAUGUAAAGGAUUUGAUUUAUUGCUUCCAUGGAUUUGAGGUUAGACUAUCAGAACGGCUACAAUGGAAUCAUUGCAGUGGCUGUAUUGAGAUUGGUGUGGGUAAUGCUGGAUUUGAGUUGGUAUAAAAAAUUUUGAUGGUUGAUGGUUCACAUUCUGGGGGCUUAUGUAACAUUGGUCAUUGUUGAGAAUGUUGGUCUUACUUCUCAGUGUUUGGUUGGAAAUAGUCUGAUACAGGCAGAUGGGGUUGUUGGCUUUGGUUCGGGUCCCCUAUUUAUUAUCCCACUUUAUUACUAUGGUAAUGCCUCUGAAUUUGUACUGCAUUUAUGAUUCCAACCCCUAAAGUUAACCUUGUAGAUAAGGAUUAGAUAUUUCAAGUGCCAUGGCCUCUGAUUAUGAUUUUUUUCU